GCAGUGUGCUGUAUGGAGUGUGUAACGCUGUGCUAAAGGCCCGUCUUUUCUCCCAGACUCCUUUUCUGGUGAAUGGGAUGGCAGAGUGUGAACUACCUCAGAGGCGACUAGAGGAACAGCAAAAUGGAGCGCUGACUGACUCCAAGCUGUCCGUGGCUGAGAGGAAACAGAGGGACAGCGAGGAGUGUGAGACCCCGGUAGUAUGGAAGAAACCUCAGCUUACCCUCCACUACUUCACUCUGGAACUGCUCAUCACCUUUGAAGAGUGGCUAUGGAGGCUCUGGCAGCAAAGACAGACUGUGUUUGGCCUGCUGAUCCUGCUUAUCCUCCUCACCAUUGUCUACUGUAUUGAUGGAACACACCAGAAGUAUGUGCUCUACAUAGAGAAGAAGACGCUGUGGUGUGCCUACUGGGUCGGCCUGGGCAUCCUCUCCUCGGUGGGUCUUGGCACCGGCCUGCACACCUUCCUUCUUUACCUGGGACCACACAUAGCAUCAGUUACCUUGGCCGCCUACGAAUGUGGCUCUGUGGAUUUCCCCGAACCGCCUUAUCCAGACCAAAUAGUCUGUCCCCAGCAGAACGCAUCAACACCAGACUCUGAUGCUGAGCAGGGGGGCGUGGAGGCCGCGGCAGCGGUGGGUUCAGCUGCCAUCCAGGGAAGCAUCUCUCUCUGGAACAUCAUCUCCAAAGUCCGCCUGGAAGCUUGUAUAUGGGGUGCAGGUACAGCUAUAGGAGAGCUCCCUCCCUACUUCAUGGCACGGGCGGCGAGGCUGUCCGGGGCUAACCCCAACAACGAGGACUACCAGAGGUUUGAGGAGAUUCUGGACCAGACCCAGUCAGCACAGGACUUUGCCACCCGAGCAAAGGUAGCCGUGCAGAAACUCACCCAGAGGGUCGGAGUCUUUGGGAUUUUGGCCUGUGCUUCAAUUCCCAAUCCCUUGUUUGACCUGGCAGGAAUAACAUGUGGACAUUUCUCAGUCCCCUUCUGGACUUUUUUUGGUGCGACACUCAUUGGGAAAGCAGCCAUUAAAAUGCACAUUCAGAAACUGUUUGUGAUCGUCACCUUCAGCAGGCACAUAGUGGAGCAGAUGGUCUCCCUCAUUGGAGCUGUUCCACUGCUGGGUGCGGCACUGCAGAAGCCCUUCAGGGAGUACUUGGAGGCCCAGAAGGCCAAGCUGCACCAUCACGCUGGAGAGGGGAUCCCAACUGAGGAGAGCAGGCUGUCGUGGCUCUUUGAGAAGGUUGUGGUCAUCAUGGUAUGCUUCUUUGUCUGCUCCAUUGUCAACUCCAUGGCCCAGAGCUACGGCAAGCGCAAGCAGCAGGAGAAGUACUCGGAGGGCAAAACGGAGUGAAGGCCAGAGAGCAUCAACGUCAGAAGCUCCCAAUGAUCCUUUACUCAUUCAGCUCUUUCUUCUGGCUGGUAGCCCCACCAUUCUCUAAAACAAAGUAUCAGCCUCCAUCUGGUUUCUGUCGUUAUUGUAGCAACAUGUUUUUGUUCUCUGUAAGGUAGGUGCUUGUUGGAGUGCGUGUGAGUAAGCUGUUGUGUUGUUGCUUUUAGCAGCUCCUGAGCACGUGAGAGGAAGGUGCUGGCAGUACUUCUCCUCAGUGAGGCCGUAAGCUGCUGUUUGUUCAACUAGAAGAACCUUAAAGUAACACGUCUGUAGACUCACAGAAUUCAAUUGAUUUAAAUAAGCUACUAGACUUACUUUUGAUUAUGUACUGACUGUUUGUUCAAUAACCUAAUUAUCAUCUAUAUUUGCUGGUUGAUUAAUAAGACAUUCUGUUCUGUAGUUGUUGUGCGGUAUCUGAUGUAGUUAGAUAAGACUGUAAAUGAUUGUGUCAUUUCUACAUCGUGUAGAGCUCGGAGUUGGUCGUUGUAAAGAUGUUAAUCAAUGUUUCAAGCUGUUGCUGCGUUAGAUGACCACUUCUUUUGUGUGUGCAGUAAAGCUGCUUAUGGUACUUUUGGAUGAGAAAUGAUAAAUUGGCCAUGAAUCACCCU